GAUGAUCAUCCCUCAUGACGCGGCACCUCCCCCCCCGCACAACACAUGUGGCUGCAUUCACGUUUGGCCUCCCCGCAAUCACACCUGCCUCUCUACUCUUUCUUCUCUCUGUUUCGCUUUUCUCUUUGCUCUUCUCUCGCUUUGCACUGCCACUGCUCAUCAUGUUCCGCCAUGCUUUGCUGGAUUUUUCUCUUUUUCUUUUUUUCUUUUUAGAUUUUACUUUGAUCGGCAAAAAUGGCGACGCCUCUGCGCAAGAAGCUUGUGGUCGUGGGUGACGGUGCCUGCGGCAAGACCUGCCUGCUCAUCGUCUUUUCCAAGAACGAGUUCCCCGAGAAAUACGUCCCCACCGUGUUCGAGAACUAUGUCGCGGAUAUCGAGGUGGACGGCAAAUCCAUCGAGCUCGCCCUCUGGGAUACUGCCGGCCAGGAGGAUUACGAUCGCCUUCGCCCCCUGUCGUACCCCGACACCAACGUGGUCCUGAUCUGCUACUCAAUCGAUAACCCCGACAGCCUGGAGAACAUUAGCUACAAGUGGGUCCCUGAGGUCCGCCACUUCUGCCCCGGUGUGCCUUUUGUCCUCGUGGGCUGCAAGAAGGACCUUCGCAACAACCCCAGCACCAUUGCCGACCUUCAAAAGCAGAACCAAGCCCCCGUUGAGGAGGAGAAGGGCAAGAAGCAGGCGGCAGAGAUCAGUGCCUACUCGUACAUUGAGUGCUCAGCCCGUACUCGGGACAACGUUCAUGCCGUGUUUGAGACUGCCACUCGCGCCAGCAUGACGGUCAAGACCAAGAAGAAGGGUGGCUGCUCUUUGCUCUAGAAAAUGAAGCUAUAGUCCGGCUGUGCCUCCCGUUGUGUUUAUCACCGGCUUGUUUCGCUUUCCAUUCGUUUGGUUCUUGUGUAAGCUUCCUUGCCCAAAAAUUCCUUCCUGUCUUCCUGUCCGCGACUCGCGUUGUUGUAUAUCAUGUUUGUUUUGUUCUUUUUUUUGAGGUGAAGCUCUGCCGGUUUACCGUGCCAUGCAUCCCGGCUCCAACGCCGCGGCCCUCAAUUUCCGUGAGCGAUUGUACCAGGAUAGAUGCCCACGUUUUUAUGCGCCAACCUUUUUUUCUCACACUUUUUUUUACUUGCUCUUCCAAAAAAAUUUAAAAGCUCAACUCACA